CAGGAAGUGGUGCUGCCAUGAGCAAAGCGCGGAUCGUCAUCUGUAGAGAGGAGGAGGAAGAGGAAUGAGUGACUGAAAUGGCAGAUUUGCCGUUGUACUUAACUAAUGUCAGCGUUUCACUGGGACAAACUAUGGAAACUGAUAAGAGUAUAGCGACCGAGGCAGGCUUUGAAAGUGUGGAGAUGGGGGACUCUUCGGGGAGCCAAGGGAAGAUGAAGGUCCCCCGCAGGACCAUCUACUUUGCCAGUGGAGAGACCAUGGAGGAGUACAGCACUGAUGAGGAGGAGGAGGAGGAGCCCGUGAAGACAGACGUCAGUACUAUAGACACGUCCCAAAUGACCUGGGGUCCUUACUUCUGGUUUCACAUGUGGAGAAUGGCCACCUCCACUAUCUCAGCGUGUGACUACAUGGGAGAGAGACUGGCCUCUCUGUUUGGCAUCACCACUCCUAAAUACCAGUACGCCAUCGAUGAGUUCUACCGUAUCAAGAAAGAGGAGGAAGAGGAAGAGGAGGAGAACCGGCUGUCUGAGGAGGCGGAGCGCCGGUUUGCGGAGCAGGGUAGAGGCGAGCAGGAUCCCACGGCCCUUCGUCCUGCUACUGUGGAGCAGCCGGAGGCGUCCGCGGCCUCGUUUGUAAACAUGAGCUUUGAGCUGGGGCCUGAGCCUCCUCUCAGGAGUCCAGACACCAACAGAGUCCCUUCCCCUCUCCCAUCCUGAAAACGUUAGCAGUCACACAUUUCUAUCACGUCGCAAAAACCUUAAUGUACAAACUAAUAAUGUUAUUUUUCUAUCUUGGCGCACACUACAGGGAAAAUGAAAAGGGCUGAUGAAGUGGCUACACAAGCCUUACCUAUGAAUGUAUAUUUGUUUACAGUGUGUAAUCAUAUGCAAGAUGAAUUUAUUUGAACUAUUUGUUGACCAGUGUGGUCCAGGGUUUAACUCAAUUUUAAAUAAGGACAAUAAUUACAACAUAUGGAAAUGCAUGCCAAGCUAAAUGGGCACCACACAGUGAGCUGGUAAAAUCUCUAUCCGAACAUGUACUCACAUCAUAUACAGUGGCACUUGAAAGUAUUUGUGCCUCUUCAGGUUUUUCUACAUUUCUGCAUAAAAUGACUCCUGAAAGUAGACAAAGAGAUCCCUCCUGUACAUUUGUUGAUUCAGGAAAAAGAGCCAAUGUCACAUAACUGUGAGUUGCAAAAGUAAGUGAGCCUUUGUUUCCUGUAUCUGGUUUGACCUCCCUGUGCAGCAAUAACGGCGACUAAACAUUUUCAGUAGCUGCUGAUCAGUUGUCGAGUGUCUCUGAGGAAUUUAAGCCUGUUCCUCUCUACAGAAACACGCAAAUCCAGAGACUUUGGUGGGUUUACUUCAUCUUUACCUAUUGUCUUGGUCGUGCUGCUUUAACCAUCUUUUCAUAAGAUUCAGCUCACGGACAGAUUUCUGACAUUUUCUUUUCGAAUUUUCUUGUAUAGUCAGAAUUCAUUGGUCCAUCAAUGAUGACAAUCCAUCCCGGCAGCAAAACAGGUCCAUGUUUAACAAACAGAAUGAGGUUGUGAUGCAGGAAAGUUUGUCUCCAAACACGAGUCUCUAAUUUGUAAUUGUAAAUAACUUGUAAUGAGUCAUUUUUUUAUGCAGAAGUUGUGAAGGUUGCAAAUACUUUUAAGGAGCACUAUAUGUACAGUUGUUGGUCCAUCUUACUACACAUGCUGAUAUGCAAACAAAGAUAUUUAGUGAGCUUUGCUUCAUAGUUUGCACAAAGAACAUGUUAAAGUCUCCAGUUGAGUCAGUCAUUGCCAUAGUGCCAGAAACAUGUUAGAAACGUGAAGUUGUUGAAGACUGAAUGAUGAACCUGAAUUCCCUCAUUGGAUGUAUGUACUGUGUAUAACUCAACAGUAAAUAGUUAAGUGUAUUCUCCCAAUAUUUCAAAGGAAAAGGAAUGGACGGAUUACUUGGGUUUCAUCAGUCGAUGGUUUUUAACAUGGUGUCCAAAUACGUACGACGAGUCCUUCACCACUGGGUGCUGUCUGAGCUGGACACACUGAUUUUCAUUUACUAGGAAUUAAUGGCCCGACACACGCAGAUGUCCAGUAUUUGCUUUGGAUGACUGUUGCAGGGCUGAACCAAGGGCUGGCAUAAGAGCUUUACUGCCUAGGAUGAAUAGUUGACAACACAAAGUGCUCCUGCAAACACCACAUUUACCUCCAGUUUAGAAGAUAUAACUUCGGAGCUGUAGUGAAGGUUUCUUGUAGCCCAUCUUUCAAACGUGACUGGAGGUCGUCUGUCAUCCUGAUUUUACUUGAUUCUUAUGGACGUCAUAGUGCUAAGCAAACUCGCCUAGUGUUUUGAUAGACUUCCUGUGAUUUAUUGAUGUUUCCUUUCCUGCUUCCUGUUCUAAAGAUGCCCCAGCACCCUGGUUCUGUUUUUAGAAAGACGUAAUCAAGAUUUGUUGCCGGUCUGACUCUAUCCAGACGAGCAGCAGCAGCAGUGUGUUGCUAAAACAGUCUCUGAUACUAACAUCCAAGAUAUUAUAAUCUACCUUCUCUAUAUGCUGGUCACAGUGUAAAAAUAUGUUUCUGUAAUGAUUGGAUUCAUGGAUUAAAUAGCGUUUCAGACCUUUUGAUGACUAAUGAUCUGCAGGAAGAGCAUACGGUCCGUAUAGUGCUCAUUCCUCAAGUGUCCUUGCUUGAGCCGUCCUAAGCUUCUUAUGAAUUAUUUUUAUCCACUGAUGUUAUUUGGCUGUAUGCUGGUUCCAGAGUUUAGUCAGACGCAUUUUAAUUAGGACGUUAACAUUAGACCACUUGGUAACUGUCUUUUCAUGCAGUAGUCAGUGGACGAUGUAAGGCUUUAAAUUUAUAAGGAACACAUCAUUAACUAUUUGGUUAUUUUUACUUACUUUUAAUUAAUCUUGAUAUUUUCUGUGUUUUAAUAAAGUAUUAAAAUGAG